AUGAAUUUCAAUGGAAAUACCGUGAGUACUGAAUCGACUGUGGCAGCCAAAGGAAAAAGAGACGAAGAAAAGACUGUGUCUGCUACUGACAUAAAUGAAGAUCUCAGUAUAGAAGUUUUCAAAAUUUCUCUGCAUGAAACUGAAAUUCAUCCCUUAAAGAGAAGACUAAUUGUUCUUGAUAUAAAUGGAUUGUUAGCGGCUGUAGUUUCUUCUCCACCAAAGGAUCGCAAACCUGAUAUAACCAUUGGAAGGAGAGCAAUAUUUAAGAGACCAUCUUAUCUUGAUUUUCUGGAGUUUUGCUUAGAAAAAUUUGAAGUUGGCAUAUGGUCAUCAAGAUUAAAGAAAAAUGUUGAUAGAAUCAUUGACGGUUUGAUGCCAUUUUUGAAAAACAAAUUGCUUUUCUGCUGGGAUCUUUCUUAUUGCACUGAAACACACUUCAAGACUCUCGAGAAUAAAUAUAAAAAUGUUGUUUUUAAGGAUUUGAGGAAACUCUGGGAUAAGCAUGAUCCUAAUCUUCCAUGGAAGAAAGGGUAUUACAAUGAAUCCAAUACUUUGUUGUUGGAUGAUUCUCCUUACAAGGCAUUGCUGAAUCCUCCAAACACUUCGAUUUUCCCUCAUACAUUCUGUUAUCAUGAUGAAAACGACAGCUCUUUAGCUGAAGGAGGAGAGCUGAGAGUAUUUCUAGAAGGCUUGACAAAAGCUGAAGAUAUGAGAAAGUAUGUUGAGGAACAUCCCUUUGGCCAAGAAGCCAUUAGUAAAACAAGUGAUUCUUGGAACUUCUACAGUCAGGUCAUUGAGAGUCUAUCUGCAGAGAAAGCAAUGUCUGAUUUGAAGAGAAAAUGA